AUGUCCAAAGUAUUUCCCGAAAUACUUGUAAAGCUGAUGUGCUUAAGGCUUAAGCUGUACAACAAAGAGAAAGAAAAAGUGAAAAAAAUGUUGCAAGCAGCCCCUGGUAGAGUUUCGUUAACGUCUGAUUUGUGGUCUUCAAUGAUAACUGAUGGUUAUUUGUCCCUAACAGCCCAUUUCAUUGAUAAACACUGGAAUUUAAAAAAGAGACUUCUUAAUUAUACAAUUAUGCCACCUCCUCAUACAGGUGUGAAUUUAUGUGAAAAGAUAUAUGAGUUACUUUGUGAAUGGGGUAUUGAGCAUAAGGUUUUUGCAAUGACCUUGGAUAAUGCAAGUUCUAAUAUAUGUUUUAUUAAUUUGCUGAUCUCUCAACUAAACAUAAGGAACUUGUUGGUCAGUGAUGAAUAUUGGGCUGAAUUUAGCACAAUAUUAGCCAUUGCUUGCAUUCUUGACCCGAGGUACAAGCUCAGUUGCGUCGACUUCUUCUAUAGGAAAUUCUACGGGGCUCAGUCACAACAAUUUAUUGAUCUUAAAAGAAAGCUUUUCCUGCUUUCUAAUGAAUAUGUUGCUAAAGCAAAUUUGAGUUCAGGGGCAGAUUCAACUCCAAGUCAAGGAUGUUCUCGUGAUAGAUGUGAAACUCUCUUUGCUAAUGAGGCCGAAGAUGUUAUGAAGGAGCUUGAUGACUAUGAAAAUAAUGUGUCAGUUUUAAGUGCCAAAAAAACACAACUGGAGCUUUACUUGGAGGAGCCAAAAGUUGAUAGAAAAUCCAAUUUAGAUGUUUUAGAUUUCUGGAAGGGAAAUCAAUUUAGAUAUCCUGAACUUGCUGCAAUGGCUCCCGAUAUUUUGAGUAUUCCGAUUACCACCGUCGCUUCAGAAGCUGCUUUUAGUGCUGGUGCAUGUGUUAUUAACAAGUUUCGCACUUCACUUCUACCAGAAAAUGCUGAGAGUUUAAUUUGUGCAAGAGAUUGGAUAUAUGGAGAUAAAGAUGUUGUUUCAGCUUUAAAUUCUAUUCAUGCAAACCAACAUUUCAGCACACUAACAAUUUAAUUUAUUACUUUUGUUACAGCAAUGGCGGAGGCUGCAGCGGAAGACUUGACUGAAGAUAUUCUAAAAUGGGACCUGGAUAAAGACUAGAAGAAAGCACCAUGACAUGUGGGUGGAAUCAUUUACUGGGCAGUGGGCAUGUGACAUCAAAUGCACCUGGAAUUUAUAAUUUCUUAUGAAUUUUCACUUCAGUGAUGAAUGAACAUGUAGUAAAAUAGUUUUAAAAAUUUUUAGACUUCGUAUUAUUAUUUUGUGUUAUGUUUGUAGUAAACUGACAUUUGCAAGUUAAGUUUGUUGGAUA